GUGUUAUCAAAACAAACUUUCGGCGACCCGCGAAAACGUUUAAACCAUUUUCGAUUUUCUGAAUUUUUUAAGAGGUUUUGUGUGCUUUCUUUAGAAAAAAAUUAAAUCGGAAGGACUAAAAUGUUAAGAUGCGGUGCAAUGGUGAAAAUAACGACGCAACUUGAAUGGAAUAAACUACAAUGUGAAGUGUUAAUUGAAUUCUAGGGGAGAAAUGGAUUACGUUAGAAGCCAUCAUUUGUGGCGACCUCUCGCUGCGAUGUCUGGAAAAGAGCAAGAGCCGGCGGUUAUUGCGGCCCCUCCCGAGAAUUUUUCGUUAAAAUCAACUAUUUUUCACAAUAUCAUAACAAUCGCUUCGUCGACUGAAGAAAGUAACGACGUGUGGUAUCCUCUCGAUGGCAACGAAACUUCAAAUUUUUUGGUUAAAAAAAUCGACGAUUCAUAUUUAUAUCCGAACUAUAGUUUAUUGAACAGUAAUUUCAGUUCGAACUUUAGUGUGAAUAGAACUUUCAAUUAUUACCAGCACGAUGAAACAAUCAAGAUUGUCACAAUGGUAGGAAUUGCAGUACUAUUGGGUUUCAUCAUACUAGCGACCGUUAUAGGGAACGUCUUUGUGAUAGCAGCAAUUCUACUGGAAAGAAAUCUACAGAACGUAGCCAACUACUUAAUAUUAUCCUUGGCAGUGGCGGAUCUCCUCGUGGCGUGUUUGGUGAUGCCCCUAGGGGCAGUCUAUGAAGUUAGUCAAGAGUGGACUCUUGGGCCCGAGCUUUGCGACAUGUGGACAUCCAGUGACGUCCUUUGCUGCACUGCUUCGAUCUUGCACCUGGUCGCAAUCGCCCUGGACAGAUAUUGGGCCGUAACCAACAUAGAUUACAUCCAUCAGCGCACAUCGAAGCGAAUCGGCAUGAUGAUCUUCAUAAUUUGGUUCGUCUCGUUUCUAGUGUGCAUCGCCCCCCUUCUGGGCUGGAAAGACCCCAAAUGGGAUGACCGAAUCCGCGACAAAGAAUGCCUCAUCAGCCAGGACCUCUACUACCAGAUUUUCGCCACGGCUUCCUCCUUCUACCUUCCACUCCUCGUCAUCCUCAUCCUCUACUGGCGCAUCUUCCAAACCGCCCGGAAACGCAUCCGCAGACGCCAAGUCAUCGGCAGCGGCGCCAACACCUCUUCCCAGAACCCUGCCGCCGGGGGCAUUGCCGGAGGCUUGGCCGCCGCCAGCGGCACUGGAGGCAUCGCCGCCGCCGUAGUCACCAUCAUCGGCCGCCCCUUACCCACCAUCUCCGAGACAACAACGGCUUUCACCACCGUCUCCUCCAACUCCAGCCCCGAAAAGACCUCCUUUGCCAACGGCCUUGAGCCCGACAUGCCCACCACCACCGACUGCAGUAUGAGCUACCAGCCCCAACAUUAUCCCAUCAAGAAGAAAUCACGCGAUAGUGCUGACUCCAAACGCGAAAGAAAAGCCGCUAAGACUCUCGCUAUUAUUACUGGUGCUUUCGUGCUGUGUUGGCUGCCAUUUUUUAUAAUGGCGGUGCUGCUUCCAAUCAACGCGAACUUGUUUGAAAAAUACGUGAUCUCGAUAUUCCUCUGGUUGGGUUAUUUCAACUCGACGUUAAAUCCUAUCAUUUAUACGAUUUUCAGUCCCGAGUUUCGGCACGCGUUUAAGAAAAUUCUGUGUGGGAGGAAUUACGCCAGAAGGAACAAACAUUUUGGGAUCAGACAUUUUCAAUGAUGGCGGCAAAGUGGUCGUUUCCCUUCGGAUACGGAACACCCUAUAGCUGCAAGACUGGCUGCUAGUGUUGCCGCAACUGCGGUCGCUUCAGGUCCAAGAAAUGUGACUUUUAAGUGUGACUGAUCCGACGAGAAACGAUCACGGAGUUCUGUGUCUCCGAUCGACUGUGAGAGUAGCAGUAGUGAACAUGAACACAGCCUUGGAAGAAGAGUCGUACUUGAGAUGACACCGAUUUAAUCCAAAACGGGUAUACGGAUUAUGAGCUUUGUCAAAAGCACAACUUAUGACUGAAUUGUUUAUUUUCGCCCUUUUUUACCUCGAGACCAAUAUUUUUAUCAAAUGAAAGACUAAGUCAAAAACUAUGUAAAUAGCUUACUUAUUCCUAAAUAUAAUUAGGUCCUACUAGAUGAUAAAACACUGUAAAUGCAAUAAAGUUAUACACUGAAAAUUUUAUUUGUGAUGUUAUUAGGUCGUAACUAGAAAAAUGUGAUGUACAAUCAACCAGGGAAAACAUCAGGCCAUAAUCUACUUAUUUUUUCUAUUUUUUACAUUUAACAUUUAAUUACUCUUCGUAGUAAAUUAUGGUCUGCCAUAGUUCUACAAUAAGUAUAUUUAUGGUUUCCCUUCUUCGAUUCAUUCUAAAUUCGUUAAAAAAUUCAAGAAGUGCUUCCCUUAAUAGUGUAUAUGUCUAAUGUGAUAUUGUUUCCUAAUUAAUUAUAUAAAAACGAAUGCAGACUAUUGGACCGUUAUUAUCAUACUUUAGAGCCCUAAGAAUGAUAAAAACGCCAAUACAAUUUGUUACUUUAUUCUUCUAUUUAUUAAAUGUACUAAAAUAUAAUUAACAAUACUGUAUAUUCAUGUAAAAAUUUAAUAAAAAAUAUCCAU